AUGAAAGUUUAUUUCUUAACUGUGUCGGUACUUUAUCAAGUACUACUGAUGAAAAGUAUCACUGGUACUACACAAGCAGCAAGAAAUCAUGAAAUAAAUGUGAUUGAAAGUCACACAUUACCAUAUAUAGAUGUUUUUAAUCCAUUGGACACGAUGAAUUAUAUUAGAAAAAUAGCAAACGAUGUCAAUCGAUUAAGUAUAAUGAAAAAUAGAAUUGUAUUAACUCAUGAUUUGUCAAAAGAGUUUAAUAAAACUGAACUUCAAGAACGUAUUCAAGACACGAGAGAUUCGAAUUUGCGUAUUUUACUUGGUAAAGUAUUAGCUCUACAAGAUAAUUCAACAAUACUAUUGGCAUCAACAAGACAACAGAGGAAUCGUAUACGUCAAACAUGGAUUAUUCACGGUGAACGAACGGCUAAUGAUGAAUUCAAUUUAUUCAUCAUUGAUAUUCAUCAAAUCAAAGAAAUCGACAAAUUAAAGCUGUUAAUAUAUGAACUCGUUUUUAUUUGCUUUACUAUUGCUGCUGAUAGUAUCAAACCUCGCAAAUAUAAAGUAUUGGCUAUUGGUACAAUUGUUGUUGUUGCUAGUAUAAAGAUUGCCUCUGAUCUGAACACAUAUCCACCUGAUGUUAUCUAUGAAUAUAUUCUUCAAUGUUCAAAAUACAAUAACUUUUUCCAAAACUGA